AUAACGCGGGUGCGAGCGGGACAGCAGUGACCGAGCGAGGCCACCGCACACAACGAUGACGCGCGGAGUGCUCCGUCUGUGCUGCCAGCGAGGAGAUGCAUUGCUGCAUAUUGCCGUGAAGCCGGUGCAUCCUUUACGGCUGUUUUCAGGUAGUGUAAAGCUACUUCAGAAAGAUGGCAAACCGGCCACAGCCGUUAAAGGCGUCCCGUACUCGAACCUGGUGAUCGGUGUGCCGAAGGAGCGAUGGGUCAACGAAAAACGAGUUUCCGUAACACCGGUCGUCGCCGGGACACUCAUCAAGAAGGGCUUCAAGGUGCAGGUCGAAAGCGGGGCUGGUGUCGGCGCAAAGUUCCGUGACACAGACUACGAAGCCGCCGGGGCCAAGAUUGUCGAUAAUAAGAACGCCUUCGAAACUGACAUUGUGCUGAAAGUGCGCCAGCCGACCGAGAAUGAGAUUCCGAAUCUACGUGAAGCAUCGACACUCAUUUCCUUCCUCUAUCCGACGCAGAACAAGGAUCUGAUCGAAAAGCUGGCCCCGAAGAAGAUCAACGCUUUCGCCAUGGAUGCCAUUCCGCGUAUUUCGCGUGCGCAAGUUUUCGAUGCACUCUCGUCGAUGGCCAACAUUUCCGGUUACCGUGCCGUGAUCGAGGCAGCGAAUCACUUUCCGCGCUUUUUCACUGGUCAAAUAACGGCCGCCGGUAAGGUGCCACCGGCCAAGAUUCUUGUCAUCGGCGGCGGUGUGGCGGGAUUGGCAGCAAUCGGUCAGGCACGUGGUAUGGGUGCGAUCGUGCGUGCCUUCGAUACACGGCCGAUCGUCAAGGAGCAGGUGGAGAGUAUGGGCGCCGAGUUUCUGACGAUUAACAUCGCCGAAGACGGCUCCACGGCCGGUGGCUACAGUAAGGAAAUGAGCAAAGAGUUUAUCGAGGCCGAGAUGGCCCUGUUUGCGAAGCAGUGCAAAGAGGUGGACGUCAUUGUGACGACGGCCCUUAUUCCCGGUCAACGUGCUCCGGUGCUCAUCACGGAGGAGAUGGUGAAAUCGAUGAAACCGGGAAGCGUGAUCGUCGAUCUGGCCGCGGAAGCCGGCGGCAACGUGCAGACGACGGUGCCGGGAGAAAUUAAGGUUUUGCACGAUGUCGUACACGUUGGGCUGACCGAUUUUCCCAGUCGCUUGCCCACGCAAAGCUCCACACUGUACGCCAACAACAUCUCCAAGUUCCUGCUCUCGAUAGGCGAGCAGAAUCACUUCAACAUCAAUCUCGAGGACGAGGUGGUGCGCGGCAGCAUUGUGCUACGGAACGGGAAUCUGAUGUGGCCUCCGCCGGUCAUUUCCGUAUCCGCGAAGCCCCCGCCAGCCGUAGCGAAGGCUGGAGCUGCCAUCAAGGCGGAACCACUGCCACCGAACCCGUUCAAUGAUAAGCUGAAAACGAGCCUCAUCUACUCGAGCGGGCUCGGAACGUUGCUCGGUCUCGGGGCGAUCGCGCCGAACGCGGCAUUCACCACGAUGAUGACCACCUUUGCCAUGUCCGGUAUCGUGGGAUACCACACGGUGUGGGGAGUAACUCCGGCCCUGCACUCGCCCCUGAUGUCGGUGACGAAUGCCAUCUCCGGCAUCACGGCCGUCGGUGGUCUGCUGAUGAUGGGAGGUGGCGUGAUGCCCACGAACACGAUCGAAACACUGGCCGCCAGCGCGGCCCUAAUUUCGUUCAUCAACAUCUUCGGUGGCUUCCUGGUGACGCAGCGCAUGUUGGACAUGUUCAAGCGUCCGACUGAUCCACCGGAGCACAACUAUCUGUUCGGCAUUCCGGCGGCGGUGUUUCUGGGUGGCUACGGACUCGGUGCCCUGCAAAAUCUUCCGGAAAUUCACCAGAUGGCGUACUUGGCGUCGAGUUUGUGCUGCAUCGGGGCACUGGUUGGACUGUCCUCCCAGAAGACGUCCCGGUUGGGCAAUGGAUUGGGCAUAAUUGGUGUAACGGGAGGUAUUGCGGCCACCCUCGGCCAUAUGGCCCCCAGCACGGAAGUGCUGAUGCAGAUGGGUGGUGUGGCCGGACUCGGUGGCUUGUUGGGAUCGAUUAUUGCAAAGCGAAUUCAAAUUACCGAUCUACCCCAACUCGUGGCCGCUUUUCACAGUCUGGUCGGAGCAGCAGCCGUACUGACUUGCGUGGCCACAUACAUGCACGACUUCCCCACGCUCGCGACCGAUCCGGCGGCGAAUGUCCUGAAGACGGCCCUCUUCCUCGGCACCUACAUCGGUGGUGUGACGUUCAGCGGUUCACUGGUGGCUUACGGUAAGCUGCAAGGUGUGCUCAACUCAUCGCCACUUCUCCUUCCCGGGCGUCACUGGAUCAACGGUGGUCUACUGGCGGGUAACUUGGCCGCAAUGGGUGCCUUCUAUAUGGAACCCUCGAUGGCCGGAGGCCUGGGUCUGCUCGGAGCAACCGCGGCUAUGUCCACGGCAAUGGGUGUUACGCUAACGGCGGCCAUCGGAGGAGCCGACAUGCCAGUGGUCAUCACAGUGCUCAACUCGUACUCCGGCUGGGCGCUGUGCGCGGAAGGAUUCAUGCUCAACAACAACCUCAUGACGAUCGUCGGUGCGCUGAUCGGUUCGUCCGGUGCCAUUCUGUCGUACAUCAUGUGCAAGGCCAUGAACCGAUCGCUACCGAACGUGAUUCUCGGUGGAUACGGUACGACCUCGACGGCGGGCGGUAAGCCGGCGGAGAUUGUCGGCACACACACAGAAGUAAACGUGGACGGAGUGGUGGACAUGAUUCGAAACUCCAAGAACAUUAUCAUCACACCCGGCUAUGGGCUGUGCGUGGCUAAGGCACAGUACCCGAUCGCGGAAAUGGUCACCCUUUUGAAGGAGCGCGGUAAGAAGGUGAGGUUCGGUAUCCAUCCGGUGGCGGGCCGAAUGCCCGGACAACUGAACGUGCUGCUAGCGGAGGCUGGCGUGCCGUACGACGAUGUGCUCGAGAUGGAGGAAAUCAACGACGACUUUAGCGAGACGGACCUGGUGCUGGUGAUUGGCGCGAACGACACAGUAAACAGUGCGGCCGAGGACGAUCCCAAUUCGAUCAUUGCCGGUAUGCCGGUGCUGAAGGUGUGGAAAGCGGAUCAGGUGGUCGUGAUGAAGCGUUCCCUCGGAGUUGGUUACGCGGCGGUUGACAAUCCCAUAUUCUACAAACCCAAUACCUCGAUGCUGCUCGGUGAUGCAAAGAAAACGUGUGACGCUCUGCUGGGUAAAAUUAAGGAAGAACACUAAGCCCUACUGCCAAUAUCACUCUGGACGAAUCCCUUUCACCCGGGGUGCCGGAUAAAGGGAUUAUAAUGCAAUUGUAAAGUGUGCAUUUAAGAUUUUUACGAAAAUAACGUGGCCAUACAUGUUAAUUUUUUUAAUGACGCAUUAUGUAUUAUACGAAAUAAAUUCUUUUUACGAGUA